GCUGCAUGGCCCUUGACACCGUGACACCUGGGACCUUGUUUUGUACACAGAUGGAGCAUCAGGAAUGGGAUGUGGGAUGGGGAAUGCCUGCAGUCGACCGUUUACAUGAUUAUUUCUUGGUUGCAAUACGACCACGACUGUGAUCACUGACUGUCAUGUACUUUUGGAUACGUGCUAUGCCUUAUUGUACCAUCAGUGCACCCCUCGCGGUUGGCGGACCGGUGCGCUCGUGCAGCCGCAGGAUCACGGAUCACCCGCAAUUCGAUCCUGGUUUGAAGGAGUCAAAUGUUCUCUACUGCACGUACCCAGUCAAAUCGUCAAGCACGACCUGUCCAGGACGGCCACGUUUGUUGUCAAGGUAUCUGCAGUGUUCUACAAUGAGCGGAUCAUUGAAUGGCUGCUGUAUCACUCGAACCCAGACAAGUUGAGGAACAUGUUUCAUCGACCACCAGGUGCAAGUUGCACCGCGCCGUUUGUUGCGGUGUAGUGCUAUCAAUGGAUCAAGCUUGGCUCCAGGCCUCUAACUAACGGGCGGGAAAUCUUGCUGCGCUGUUUACUCGUCAUAGAGCAAAACUGCAUUACCAGUAUCAGAACAGCCCUUAAUCAAGUGCGGGGUCUUUCUUUCUGGUCGGCGACUUGACAAUGGAUGGCGGAGAUAUCGUCAAAACUCUGCGAACAUAUGUCUGCGACACGAAAUUAACUGCCCGAAAAGUCCCCGCUGCAGCUUGUAUAAGACAGCCAAACUGAGCAGUCGACAGAGGCUUGUCUUACACCGCAUCAACCGCAUUCGACUCUCUGCGAAACCACAUUCAGGCUCUCGACAAGCACCUUUUGUCUUAUGCGACCAUACUUGCUCAUCCUCCUGUACAACUUGGUCACUGUUUCACCUAGCACUGAUCCCGACAUUGCAACCAUGACCGACGUCGUGUCCGAAAACCAGGCUUAUUUUGGCAAGAUCGCCACCGAAUAUGACCAGCGCAAUGCGGAUGCGAUCGUGCAGCUAGAGCGUGGCAUCCAAGAGAGGAUUCCAUUCAUUAGCGUCAAGCAAGAUGCCAGGUUGCUAGACUACGCUUGUGGCACCGGCAUGCUUUCGAGGGUCUUAGCACAGCAUACGAGUGAGGCUAUAGGCAUUGACUUGUCGGAGGAAAUGGUUGGGGUAUACAACGCCCAGGCUCAAAGCCAGGGCUCUUCCCGCCAAGCCUAUCAAGGCAAUCUGGCUGAUCCUAAGGACCCCUCCCCUACAGCCUUUGCUGAUAGCAAGUUCUUCGGAUUCGACGUUGCAGGCGUGGGGCUCGGAUUCCACCACUUCGACAAGCCCGAUCUAGCAUCCAAGCAAUUGGCCGAGCGCCUCAACCCAGGCGGUGUCCUCUUCAUCAUUGACUUUGUUGCCCACAAGAUAGACCCCAAGGAUGCCGCUCUGCGUGGUAUCACACAUCAUGGGUUUACCGAGGACGAGAUCAAGAAGAUGUUUGAGGAUGCUGGACUUACAGACUUUGCUUACCAAGAGCUCCCGGAACCUAUCACAUUCAAGGAUUGUCACAGCCACGAUCAUGGCCACGAACACGGUCAUGGUCAUGGUCAUAAUCACGAGCACAACGAGGACAAUCACAGCGGCAGUGGGGAACAUGUUCAUGGCCAUGAGAAGAAAAAGGGCUCAACUACGACUAAGAGGAUAUUUAUUGCCAGAGCGUCCAAGCCAUAAAAGAGUGUCUACGAGCACUGUCUCGUCGACCCUUAACAAUAGACCACCAAGUAUUAGAAGCAAGAACAUGACCCUCAAAUAUGUACCAGAGCAAUCUUAUACGGUGCUAAUAGUUCACACUAUGCAAGCUGCCGAUGGCCGUCAUUCUGAUACUCGGCUUCCCAAGGCUGACACUGAAUGUCUUGUUGAGUAUCAUCACUUAGCUGCAUAGAUAUCAUGUCAUACUGACACCUAUAAUUGCACAAUAUCCC